CAGAGGGGAGUUGGCAGCACCAAAGUGGGCACCACCACUGCCCCCAGUUGUGCCCGGUCUCCGGUGUCGGACAUUGUCACACGGCCGUUCACACUAAAGCAGCUGAGAGAGAAACACAAAAUCUCAGUGCGCGAAAGGAAUCUGCUACGUGGAAGUCUACGGUAGCUAUACCUCAAUCACAAACCCAGCGGUCGCGAGGAGGAGGCGGAAAGAUCCAGGUGACUGUCAGUCCGCUCUGGAGGUACGACGUGAUUUCUGUUUGGUGGUGCAAUUUCGAUGUCGUAACCACUACUACUUUUAGCACAUAUAAUUGCGCAUGCGCACAUUUGGAGCGCACGCAGGAAAGCAGCUACGCCCACUUUUUGUAUCUUUCGCUCACACACACGCGCGCAUACUUUCAAGUUUUAUGCAGAAGGGCAACAAGUGUGGAGCAAAAUAUUCAGACAGAUCGGCACUAUGUUUCAUCUUUGAGUUAGUCUGGAGCUCACACAGUCAAAAUUCGAGUUGAAGUCUUUGGGAAUCAAAUCGAAGAUUUGCACGGUUUUCCAGCCACGCCCUCUUACUCUUCAACAACGAACUACCCAAGAUGACUUCGGUCCGACAGUACGAGCCGUACGCGGCCCAACUGGGCUUUCUGAGCGAGAGCAUCCACCGCCAGCUGACAGAGAGAGAGUGCGGGAUCUUCGACCGCGGACUGGCCGACUACCACCGCAGGAAAAACGUCAAGGCCUUCGUCGAGUGCCUCAGUCUCGUCCUCAACACGAACCAGAAACGACAGCUACUCAUACCCAUCAGGGACACGUACGUCAAGCCUAGCGACACGAGCCGCUUCAACCAGCUGGUGCAGGCUCACGGGCUGGCCACCUCCCUCAAGAAGAAGCGGCGGGAACUGGCUGCGGAAUCGAAUAUGACCUCGCCUGACGGGAUCCACAAGGUGGAAGUGAAGAGGGACCCGGGAGGCGAGUGGGGAUUCAAUAUCCGCGGCGGGUCCGACCACGGGACGGGGGUGUUCGUCUCGUGGGUGGAACCAGAGUCCAACUGUCACAAGAGCGGUCUGUUGGUCGGGGACCAGAUUCUCAAGGCCAACGAUACCAGUUUUGAGAGCAUCAACCACCACGAUGCCGUGCAGUUGAUCCGAGGCUGCAAGAAGCUUCGUCUGUGGUUGUUGUCCCAUGGACGUGUGCCAUCGACUCGCAUGGCACACAAGGUAUACCGUUGGGUGGACCAAGAGGGCAGACCGACAACUCCUCCCCCCGACCCUUUUAUCAUCGCAGAGCAGAGGGCUCGGGGAGACUACAGGCUUGGCAUCGAGGCUGAUGAGAGAAAGGUAACAGUGAUGGUGGACGGUGGGAAGGAGUUGGGUAUCUCCAUCAGAGGAGGUUCUGAACAUGGACUGGGUGUCUAUGUCUCCAAGGUCGACGAAGCCUCAGUGGCAGAGGCCUAUGGGAUCAAGGUUGGAGAUCAGAUAAUGGAGGUAAACGGAGUGUCUUUUCUCAACAUUGUUCAUGCUGAUGCAGCCAGAGCUCUUCGAGCACAGCCAUGUAUGGUGAUAAAAGUCAGGGAUGUGGGAAAGCUGCCGCACUCUCGCAUCACAACUUAUGGCCAGACACAGUGGCAUAAGGGAAAACAAAGGGAGAAAGACAAAGGAACACGUGGAAAAAAGGCAUUUCAGAAGGGUGCAGGAACGCAGGUAAUGCUGAAGAAAUACGAGACUACGGGGAUCCAGAGUCGAGGUCUGAUGAACGAGGUGGCUCGUUCAGUCCUCACCACUCACGAACUGUCCACAUUCAACUACUACAUCGACCAAUACCAGGAGCGAGGCCUGUCUGUGGACGACCUUGCCACUGCACUCCUAGAGCUACUGGACACACCUGAGAAGCUCCAACUGCUAGGUGAGGUGCGAGGGGCGAUGCGUGCAUCAGAUCUUGACCGCUACAAUGAGUUGACUAUUCACCACGAGAUUGCUGCCAAGAAGGCUGGUAGGAAGGGAGGAUUUGGCUCAGUCGGUGGAUCUCAGAGUAGACUGGUCAGCAGCGGACUAAUGGCAGGGUCCUCCCAAUCUCGCAUCACUCAUCAAACCAUUGCAGAGGUGCACCAGGAGGAUCCCCAGGCCUUGCAGUCUCGUCUGUCUCCCCCUGCCGCCGCUGACACGUCCUUCAGUUCAGGAGAUAAUACUCUGACACUGGAGGAGGAUGUUGAUUUCGGAGGCAGAGACCAAGUCCCACAGAGACUGUCCCCAGUGAAUAGAAAGACUCCAGUGACUGGGACUCCAGUGUUCCACGCCCCUCCCCCUCCUCCAACCUCUGAACCAUCCACCAGGUACUAC